UUUUCAGCAGUAGCUGCAGCCUGUCCUCUGCUCUCCUGUCCUGUCCUGUCCUGCUCCCUUUGCACCUCGCUCCUGCUGAUCCUGCGGCCCUCCUCCUCUUCCCCUCCCUUCCCUGUACCUGGGCACCAUGCCCCAGCCUCAGCGGCAGCCCAGGAGAUGCAGGGUCCCCGGGGUGCCCCCUCUCUGCAGCCUGGCGCUGCUUCUCUUCUGGCAGCUGGUGAGGACCCAGGCAGCAGCUGACCCCAUCGAUGUAUUAAAGGGCCUUCAAUUGAACACACAACCUGAGGGUGUAAAGAAGAUCUCUAGCCUGUGCCCGUCCCGUCGUUCUAGCACCGGUGGAGAUGUUGCCUACAAGAUAUCCAAGCAAGCCCAGAUCAGCGCCCCCACGCGGCAGCUCUUUCCAGGUAAAUUCCCAGAGGACUUUUCUAUCAUGGCACUGGUCCGGGCCAAGAGCGGACUGCAGGCUUUCCUCCUGUCCAUAUACAACGAGCAGGGAGUCCAGCAGCUUGGGAUAGAGUUGGGGCGCUCUCCUGUAUUUCUGUAUGAAGAUCAGAGUGGGAAACCGGCUCCUGAGGACUAUCCAAUAUUCAGCGGGGUCAAUCUGGCCGAUGGAAAGGUGCAUCGCAUCGCUCUGAGUGUGCAGAAGAAGACAGUGACAUUAAUCCUGGACUGUAAGAAGAAGAUCACAAAGCCACUGCGCCGUGGAAACAAGCCCGUUGUGGACACGAAAGGGAUCACUGUAUUUGGAACACGUAUUCUGGAUGAGGAAUCAUUUGAGGGUGACAUUCAACAACUACUUGUAGCAAAUAAUGCACAGGCAGCUUAUGACUACUGUGAACACUACAGUCCGAACUGUGACUCUGCUCAACUCAACACACCCCAAGCGCAGGACCCUAACACCAGGCAAGAUUAUGCAGAGGAAGAGGUGGAGUAUUACGAGUAUCCGUACUAUUAUGACAAUAAGGAGGAAGGGACGCCUGCCCCGCCUACUGCAAGUGCCCCUGAAGGGGGCGCAGUUGAGCAGAAAAACAAAGCCAAAAAAACAAAGCCACCAACCAAGUCGAAGCCAAAAGUGCCUCCUCCGGCCAAGAGUACCGGCAAGCCGAAAAAAGGUGUUGUGGGCAAAGCCCCAGCAAAGCGAAACACCUCUGUGAAAAAUUCUGUGGGCAAAGCCCAACCCAAGAAAAAACUGACUGGCGCCAAGAAGAGGAACGUGGGGAAUGGUUACCAGCAGGACCCUUCCCUUACUUCUGAACCGAUCAUGACCCCUGAGCCCACUCUGUUAGAGCAGAGCCCCGAUUAUACUGCACCACCACAAGAAGAGGAAGUUUAUGAGUUUUGGGAUGAGGAACCCACCAAGGCAGUACCACAAUCACCACAGGAAAAGGAACAAGAUCCUUCUACGGCUGUGAAAGGUAGUGAUGCUUUCAUAGAGGAGUAUGUGACUGGUGAGGAGGAAAAUCCAACAGUCGGACUGGACUAUGAGUAUGUGUACAAGGAUUAUCAUGAGGGUUCCGAGAGUUCACACCUGGGUCCAGUCCUCUCUGCAGAGACUCCUGAAAGUGGAGGUGCUAUCAGUGGACCUCGGGGGCUGAAAGGAGACAAAGGAGAUCCGGCUGCUAUGGAGGCGGGUAUGGUGGUAGAAGGUCCUCCAGGGAAAGAAGGACCCGCGGGUCUGACUGGUCCUCCUGGAACACAAGGACAUCCUGGCGUUGUUGGAGAUCCUGGAGAGAGGGGCCCUCCAGGCAGGCCAGGUCUUUCUGGAGCUAAUGGAUUGCCAGGACAGCCCGGUAGCUCCGUCAUGCUUCCGUUCCGGUUUGGAAGUAGUGGUGGGGACAAGGGGCCAGUGGUUUCUGCACAGGAAGCUCAGGCAGCGGCUAUAUUACAGCAGGCCAGGUUGGCUCUACGCGGCGCUCCUGGACCUAUGGGCUACACUGGACGAUCCGGGUCCUUGGGACCACCUGGAAGCCCGGGGUUCAAGGGAGAAGCAGGAGAUCUAGGUCCUCAGGGCACAAGAGGACCCCAAGGGUUGUUCGGGCCUCCAGGAAAAUCGGGGAGAAGAGGUCGCCCAGGUGCCGAUGGAGCUCGUGGUCUUCCUGGUGAAUUUGGCACCAAGGGCGACAGGGGCUUUGAUGGUCUUCCUGGAUUACCGGGAGAGAAAGGUCACCGGGGAGAUUCUGGUGCACAGGGUCCUUUGGGAACAAUAGGAGAAGACGGAGAGAGGGGAAGCGAUGGAGACGUUGGACCUCGUGGACUUCCUGGUGAACCAGGUGUCAGGGGACUGCUCGGACCUAAAGGCCCACCCGGUAUUCCUGGCUCAAAUGGAGUAAGAGGUAUGGACGGACAAGUAGGGCCAAAGGGAAACCUGGGCCCACAGGGUGAGCCUGGCCCUCCCGGGCAGCAAGGAACUCCAGGAACUCAGGGUCUUUCUGGGCCACAGGGGCCUACCGGACCACCAGGAGAGAAGGGACCCCACGGCAAACCUGGACUUCCCGGCAUCCCCGGCUCUGAUGGACCCCCUGGUCAUCCUGGUAAAGAGGGACCUGGAGGCACUAAAGGCAACCAGGGUCCACUUGGUCCACAAGGUCAGAUCGGUUAUCCUGGGCCGAGAGGCGUGAAGGGAGUUGAUGGAAUCCGGGGUCUACAAGGACAUAAGGGAGAGAAGGGUGAAGAUGGUUUCCCAGGACUGAAAGGGGAUUUCGGUGUGAAGGGUGACAAGGGUGAAUUCGGCCUUCCAGGGUCAAGGGGAGAGGAUGGUUCUGAGGGUCCUAAGGGAAGAUCCGGCCCCAAUGGUGACCCAGGCCCGCUUGGAUUGAUUGGUGAGAAGGGCAAGCUGGGAGUUCCGGGCCUGCCAGGUUAUCCCGGGCGACAGGGCACGAAGGGAUCACUCGGCUUCCCAGGAUUCGCAGGGGCCAACGGAGAGAAGGGAGCGCGGGGUCUGUCUGGGAAAUCAGGGCCGAGAGGAGAAAGGGGACCCUCGGGACCAAGAGGUCAAAGAGGACCCAGAGGAGCCACAGGGAAAUCAGGGCCUAAGGGUACUUCAGGCGGAGAUGGUCCAUCAGGGCCUCUGGGAGAGAGAGGUCUUCCAGGACCACAAGGCACAAACGGUUUCCCAGGGCCCAAGGGACCUCCUGGCCCUCCUGGUAAAGAUGGAAUCCCAGGACAUCCUGGACAGAGAGGAGAAGUGGGGUUUCAAGGCAAAGUAGGAACUACAGGACCACCUGGCGUUGUAGGAGCACAGGGUUCCCAAGGUGAGUCUGGUCCCAUGGGAGAGAGAGGUCACCCCGGCCCCCCAGGACCACCGGGAGAGCAAGGCUUGUCUGGCGCAUCUGGAAAAGAAGGUACCAAGGGGGACCCUGGGACUGUUGGCGUUCCCGGGAAAGAUGGUCCAGCUGGCUUGAGAGGAUUCCCCGGUGAAAGAGGCCUGCCCGGUACACCAGGUGGUGGAGGCCUGAAGGGUAAUGAGGGUCCAGCUGGUCCCCCAGGUCCAGCGGGAUCUCCUGGAGAACGAGGAGGACCAGGCCAAGGUGGACCCAUCGGGCCUCCUGGGCGACCAGGACCCCAGGGUCCAUCAGGCUCAGCCGGAGAAAAGGGUGUGCCAGGUGAGAAAGGUCCGAUUGGUCCCGCAGGCAGAGAUGGAGUGCAAGGGCCUGUGGGUCUUCCUGGACCAGCUGGUCCUAAUGGCAUCGCUGGAGAAGACGGAGACAAGGGUGAAGUUGGUGAACAUGGACAGAAAGGAGGAAAGGGUAACAAGGGAGAACAUGGUCCUCCUGGUCCACCCGGUCCCGUCGGCCCUGUUGGACAGCCAGGUACUCCGGGUGCUGAUGGAGAGCCUGGUCCACGUGGUCAACAAGGAAUAUUUGGGGCAAAGGGAGAUGAAGGCACACGAGGAUUCCCAGGUUCUCCGGGACCCAUUGGCCUACAGGGAUUACCAGGUCCAUCUGGAGAGAAAGGAGAGACGGGUGACGUUGGGCCUAUGGGCCCACCAGGACCUCCCGGACCACGUGGUCCCGCCGGACCUUCUGGAGCUGAUGGUCCACAAGGACCUCCCGGUGGAGUAGGAAACCUGGGACCUCCAGGAGAGAAGGGUGAACCUGGAGAGUCAGGAGUUCCCGGUGUCCAAGGAGAACCUGGACCUAAGGGACCACGUGGAGACAGGGGAGAAAAGGGAGAGUCUGGGCAAGCAGGUGACGCCGGACCUCCGGGAGGGAAGGGACCUACUGGUGAUGAUGGACCUAAAGGAAACCCGGGUCCAGUUGGCUUCCCCGGAGACCCUGGCCCUCCAGGAGAAAUGGGACCCAGAGGACAAGAUGGAGCGAAGGGUGAGAGAGGAGAGGAUGGAGAGCAAGGAGAGGCGGGAUCCCCUGGUCCCACUGGUGAGAACGGCCCCCCUGGACCAUUAGGAAAACGAGGUCCUGCUGGUCCUUCUGGUCCUGAAGGUCGACAAGGAGAGAAGGGAGCCAAGGGAGAAUCUGGUGCUUUGGGUGCACCGGGAAAGACUGGCGCUAUCGGACCUCAAGGUACCCAAGGAAAACAAGGCCCUGACGGACUCAGAGGCAUCCCCGGAGCUGUGGGUGAACAAGGGCGACCUGGAGCUACAGGCCAAGCUGGACCCCCAGGACCUGUGGGACCUCCCGGAUUGCCAGGACUUAAGGGAGACGGUGGAUCCAAAGGAGAGAAGGGUCACCCUGGACUUAUCGGCCUCAUUGGGCCAACGGGAGAACAAGGAGACAAGGGAGACCGGGGCCUGCCAGGACCGCAUGGAACAGCCGGACAGAAAGGAGAGACUGGUAUUUCUGGUGUCACAGGUCCUAUCGGUCCAGGUGGAUCCGCCGGUGUCCCGGGGCCACCAGGUCCUAAGGGAGCCAAAGGAGCCACGGGACAAGCUGGAACCAAGGGACAGAAGGGAGUGCAAGGUCAGGCUGGACCCCCGGGACCCCCAGGUGAAGUCAUCCAGCCGCUGCCCUACCAGAUGCCCAAGAAAAACAAACGUUCCAUCGAUGCCAGUCAGUUCAUGGCAGACGAGACCACUGGAGAUUAUGCAGAUGGUAUGGAGGAGAUCUAUGGAUCCCUUAAUGCUCUGAAGAAGGAUAUCGAGCUAAUGAGGACACCCCUGGGCACAAAGGAACACCCUGCUCGGACAUGCCAGGAUCUGCGACUGUGCCACCCUGAGAUUCCCGAUGGUGAAUACUGGAUCGAUCCAAACCAGGGCUGUACUCGAGACUCCUUCAAGGUCUUCUGCAACUUCACAGCCGGUGGGGAGUCUUGUGUCUUCCCCAGCAAGAGCAUUGAGAAGGUUAAGAUGUCUUCCUGGAGCACUGAGAAGAAAGAUACCUGGUACAGCAAGUUCAGGAGUGGUAGUAAGUUCUCUUACGUGGACUCGGACAAUAACCCAGUUGGAGUGGUUCAGCUGACCUUCCUCCGCCUGUUGAGUGUCUCUGCCCAUCAGAACUUCACGUAUCACUGCCACCGAUCCGCUGGCUGGCACCUGGCCUCAGCAGACAGCUAUCAAAAGGCAUUGCACUUCAUGGGCUCCAACGAUGAGGACCUCUCCUUCCACACGAGCCCUUACAUCAAGGCUCUCAGAGAUGGCUGUGCGAUGAGGAAGGGCACAGAAAAGACGGUGCUAGAAGUCCACACCCCUCGCGUGGAACAGCUUCCCUUGACGGACGCUAUGUUUAUGGACUUUGGAGAGACCAACCAGAAAUUUGGCUUUGAAGUGGGACCUGUAUGUUUUCUGGGCUGAGGCAUUUAAAAAAAAUAGAGACAUCCCCCACCCAUUUGUAUCCCCUUCUGAAAGAAAAAAAAGGCAAAGUCCUCCCCCCUCUAUUCCUGUACACCAGUAUUCAAGAAGCUCAGCUGAUGAGGAGCAGAAAGCAAGUCCCUCCGAUGAGGUGGAACAAGAGACCAAAGAUGCCCCCACCCCGGUCAAAACGUGACCAAGACCUAAAGCUGGGUGGAUCUUCUGAUGACCAAAGAAAGAUUUUAUCAUAGACUUUUAGCUAGAAUUAUUUCAGGCUUUUUAUCAUAAAAAAUAUAAAAAGACACCAUUCCCUUGCAGAAACAAAAAGAUACAAUGGUGUAGACAUCCCACGUCCUACAAAAAUUCACAUCGAGGACACUGUGAGACACUUUUUGUUACCCACACAGAGCUGUCUCUUUCCUUAUGUUUUCUUUCCAGUUCUCAUGUCUCCGAUAUUUAAAGAGAACGAGUGCAGACGCCUAAAUGGGACUUAUUUUUUUCUUCUGUGGAUAAAUGAAAGUUUUAAAUAUUAUUUAAAAAAAUAAAUAAAAUUGUGAUAAAUUUUCCUUUAACCCCUGCACACAAAACAUGGGGAACAUGUUAAUUAAAAAAAAAAACAGAUGUCCUGUACAGAUGAGAAGAGAAUCUAAAUCUGUGAACCAGUUUUCACUAUGGUGCUCGGAGUAAAAGCUUAUUUUUGACCAACAACAUGGUAUAAAAAACAAAAACCCUCACAGGUGCUCAGAGUAUUACUGUGUAAUGUUUGUAAGUAUUUUUUGUAUUGUAAUAUAUAAUCUAUAAUUUUGCUGCUUUUUAUUUUUAUUUCUGUUUUUUUUUCCCUUUGUCCUUAUUCUUUCGCAUGUCCAUAGUUUACUUCCUGCCCGGUCUCCCCAUUUCCUGUGUGGCCUCUCCACUUCCUGCCCGCCCUUACCCAAUGUGCCCCCUGCAAAGUUCUUGUUCUCCAGCCUGAUCUGUGUCUACCAUUUCCUCCUCUUUUAUUUAAAUAAAUGAUGUGCAAACGGUGAAAUCCACAGAGGAAUAAAA